AACACACCUUCGACAAGAACUGGACGUAACCACGAAAAGAUCACUACACUCAAGUUAUCCCUCUUCUUACUCUUACUAUAUUACCAGAUCUGGGCCAAUAUCAACAGCUCCAACUCCACGUGUACAGUCACGUGCUGAUAAAGCACACAGCACCGAUAACGCCGACGACGUCAAAACGAGCAUCAUCCACGCAACCAUAAUUAGUUCAUCCACACAGCACACAAUAUCCCACUACCCUUAAGCCAAACCCGUUUCAAAUAUCUCCCGUCCGAAAAGUAUUCAUCCAAAAUGUCCUCAGAAGCCCUCCCCAUCAGCCCCGCAGCCUUCACAGAAGCCAUCAAAGAGCUACCCCUCGCCGUCGUCUACGCCAAGGCCUCCGAACUGCAAAACUCCAUCGCCCACCUCCAGCGCUCCAACAGUGAACUGAAGACGUUCGUGGCCGAGUCUGCAGACACCCUGCAGGAGAAACAGGAGCUGGAAAACUACAUCGCGGAGAAUGAGGGCGUGAUGGGCUCUAUGAAUGAGCGGAUUGGAUUGCUAAAAGCCGAGGUUGAAGGGCGCGGUCAGAAGUGGAUUGAGUUGGAUGAGUUGGCGCCUGAUGCGAAGACGGGUUCUCCGGGGGCUAAUGGGGCUGGGGCUGCUAAUGGUCAUGGAUCAAGUGCGCCGCAGGGAUCGUCGUCGGCGGCGGAUAGAUCGGGUGAUGCGCAGGAUGGGGAGGGGGAGGAUGGAGUUUACCUAUGAGGUUUCUCAAAGAGACACAAUUCCAAAGCAACAGAGAAAAAAGGAAGAAAAGGAUUCAGGAAAAAAGGAAUGGUGCCAAACACAGAGGUAUCCUCGUUGAGAACUGUCCGUCAUCUCUUGUCUUGUCUUGUGUUUUGUUUUGGGUACUUCCAUACUGCAUCGUCUACAUGGCGCUCUUGAUUUACGAUUUACGAUCCCAAGACUAGGACUCACCAGCCGCGCAAGCCUUUCACACAAUCUGAAACUCUGUGGUGAUCUUCCUCAGCCCAGCCGUUGGCAUGAAAGCCACCGUGAUACUUGAUGUGGGGAUACUGGGUCAUAUCCACUGACUACUUCAUACCGCAUGCGCAGGGGAUUGGGAACGGCAUAUUUCAUGUCUUGUUUAAUCGUCGUUCAUAUUCAAC